AUGCAGAUUGUUGAUCUCGAGCAAGGAUAUUUCUUGGCCAAAUUUUCCAAUGCCUCAGACUACACAAAAGCCCUAACUGAGGGCCCUUGGACCAUUUUCGAACACUAUCUUGUGGUUAGAAAAUGGUCUCCUAGUUUUCGGAUUACUGAGAAGCUCCCACCAUCGCUGAUCGUUUGGGUGCGCUUUCCGGCCAUGCCAAUCCAGUACUAUCACACUAGUAUCCUCACAGCUAUUGGGAAUAUGAUUGGGAAGCUCAUCAAGAUUGACUUCCACACACAAACUGCUCAACGAGGUAAAUUUGCCAGAAUAGCAAUUGAGAUUGACGUUUCGAAGCCGCUUAUCCCAGACUUCUAUCUUGAUGAUUGCUUGCAAAUGGUUGAGUAUGAGAAUCUUCCCAAUGUUUGUUUCUCCUGUGGAAGAAUUAACCAUGGAAAAGAUGAUUGUUCUAAUUGUGGAUCGGAGAACACAACAUCACCCGUCAUCACCAGGGCUCAAACUUCUAUCCCAAACCAUCAACCUCUCAUCCCAACCAAGAUUCUAUCUUCAACUCCAUCUACCCAACAGGACUCCACAAUACUGAAAUCCAUGGAUCAUCAAUCAGAGCUCGCUACCACUGACUCAGGUUUUGGCCCAUGGAUGAUUGUGAAGAGGAAACCCAGACGGGCGAACAAGAACAAACCACCGAUACUCACCACCGCUGCCGGCAUACCAGCGACCAGCAUACCUACCGAUCACUCCACCGAAAAGUUCAUCCGGGCAGAACGCUCCCAUUCCGCAAUUAAUUCCAACGAAUACCAAAUCCAAAGGAGAGAGAAGGGCAAUAACUCACCCGUGUCAGCUUCCCGAGACCCAUACCGUAAUCAACACCAUGCUGAAUCAAGUCAAGCACAUGCUUCAUCCAAAGCUGCCAGCCAGCGACACUCGGUAGAAGAAAAGACAAAAGGAGGAAAUCACACUGCAAGUGGCCUUCCUCCAUCCCUAGCUUUCAAAGGUAAAGUGACAGACGACACUCUCUCUUCUGCACACUUUAUUUCUUCAACUACCCAGGCUGCCCCUCCCACCAAUUUUUUACCCCAAGAAAAAGGUUUCAUUGGGCUUAAACCCACAUCCUCUAAGGCCCACGAAUUUACCUCCAACCCAUCUGUAACCGAUCAUAAAAAUGCAGACCAUCAACCCUCUACCCUCCCCCUAGCACUCCCACGCGUCCCAAACUUACCACACCCUCCAACUAUUAACAUAUUGGGCCCAAAUGAGACUAAUACCCAAAUGUUCAACCUCCCUCCUUUGAUACCAAACUCGCUAUCGGAGCCCAAACAUACCUCUACCUCUACCUCUGCUGUUUCCAGAAUGAAAAAACCCAAAGACUCGUCUUCAUUAACAAAGAAAGGAACCCCAAUAGCCACAACAACAAAAGCUAUCAAAAUUCAACCUCCUGCUAAGCACAACAGAUGUAAUGAUUCCAAGGAAAGAUCAGUUACUCUCACACUCCAGGAAAUUGAAGCCUGGAGUUCUCUAUCCCAUCAUCUGAAUAGAAAUACAACUCCUCGCUCCGCGAAAACUUUACCGGAUCAUAAGGAGUCGGCCGUCCCAGCUAAUGGAGGCUUCCUCCAUGCACGUCCACCUGAUACUGAUGGGUUGGCAAGAGCACAUGUGCCUAGUCACCAGAGCACUGAGACAACCCUUGAAUCUAACAAGCAAGCGCCCAGACAAGCAGAAGAUGGUGUUGCUCCCUUAAUCGGGACGUGCAAACAAGAUUCAUAA